UUCUGACGGACCCCUGGAACAACAAAAAUCGUUACUUGACUAUUUUCUUGGAAAUGUUAGGAAAGAAUGAAAAGUUCGGCGUCGUUAUUGCUGUUUCAAAGGCUUACGAUAGCGCAACCAGCUUUGUGUACGCUAGGGAGGUCGAUGGAAAUGAAUUUGGCGGUUCCGGCAAACCAUUUCAGUUAUCAAGAAGGUCAAACGACUUUUCAAAACAUGAGUGGGACAACGACAUCCUAACAGAUGAAAAGAUUGGCCUUGGAACAAUCCUGAAAUAUGAACAAUUAGGGGAAGAAUAUCUCUACACGGAAAACACAAAAUUUCGGCCGCAGGAUAUUGAUAAAAUUCAGAUGGACCUUAACUAUGGUGAAGGCGUUUUUAAAGGUAUUAAAGAUGCUCUUCCAGAAGCUAAAAUUUCAUCAACAAAAGGUAUUUACCAGGACAUUGGACCACCAAGGCUUCCAAUUUUCCUCGUCAGCUUUACAUCUGGUGAGAUAAAAAAUGAGAGAAUUUCUUUCAAGACAAAACUUGGGGAAAGUAUAAACCUGAGGUUGAAUUGUAGGGAGAAUCUUUUGUUGUCCCCUUAUCCUGUUAAACUAGAAGUGAGAGAUGUGAAAGGUGACUGUGAUGUUGGUGAUGUAGCUCUCAUCAAAAUGGGAGGCUUGGAAAGUAGUCUAAGGAACCCUACACACCAUGCUGUUUGUGAAGGCCUGAUCAUUAGGUACAAACCAAAAGUAAUUUCAGUUGAUGAGGAGCCAGUGAAGAUUAGGGAUGUGAAUGGAGAGUUGCAUCAGUUAGUAUCUGGAAGUGUCAAGUUUGACAGUGGGAAUGAUGUUGCUACAGCAAUAUCUAAAGAACUUGUAAAUGAUUUGGGCCUUGAGCCCAAUCCCCGUAAGAAGAGAAAUGUGACUUUGGCAGGAGGGUUGAAAAUGUCAUGUGGUUUGAUUGAAAUUAGUAUUGUUGUCAGAGGAUAUGAAUUUUGUGUUAAAGCAUUAGUUGGUGCUGUUGGCCCAGACACUGACCUAUUAGUGGGUAUGGAUGUAAUACAACGUUUAGCUGAAGAAAAGUUUACUCUAGGAACACCUUAAGGUAAAAAUAUGAUGUAGGGAAAGUAAGUGGUUUUAAAAAUAUGCAAGAUUUUAAUUUAUUUUUAACUUGGUUAUGUUUCCUUGUUUCUAUUCUUUUAAAUGGAAGCAAAAUAUUGUGAAAGGAAACAGUUUUAUUGUUUAAAAGUUUUUGGUAGAGGUUGUCUUUCUUAUUGUUGUCAUUUUCAACUAACUACUAGCUAAUUGUUUGAAGUCUGUAUUUUUUUACUCUUAAACUGUUUUAUUAUGAUUGCUAGAAAGCAUUUUAAGGUACAGAUUGAUGACCCCACACUUCUUAAAAUGGACUUCUAUGCAAUAUGAACACUUAGGAAAAAAAUAAAGCAAACCAGAAUUUCAGUAAUGACUCACCAAAAUAAAUUGUAUUUAUAUACAAUGCUAUCAAAGUAUGUAUCUACCCCCUUAGGUUCAGUGUUAAUUAAUAGUUACAGCCUGUUUGGCUCUAAUUGUAUGAUACUGAAAGUAUCAGUAGCUGUCUUGCCCCAGGUAUCCAUUAUGCAAUUUAAGUUAUGAGUCCCAAGACUAAGAAGAGCCAUCUAAUGGCUCUAAAUUAUAUUGAUUGAAUUUUUUUUUAUGUACUUGAGUUGCAGUUUUUGUUUGUGAUUUUACUUUGUUUGUCUAGCAACAAAUAACAGCUGAAAUAGAGUUGAUGACUGCACUGCAUAGGUAUUGUAAUAGAAUUAGUGAUUUAGCUUAAAGCCUUAUAAUAAAUCCAAUGACUGUAAAUCAUUUGUUAUUUUAAAUACCACUGUGCAUUGUGGUAUCAAAUAGAUUUUAUACUCCUUGCCAAGCAUAAUGGUUUCCUGUGGUCAAUGAAUUAUGUUGUGGUGGGAGAAGUUACAUGGUACAAUGUUGUACUUCUCA